CAGCCCAGAGAGUUGGUAGAGGAAGCUCGGCCCGAAACGGGAUACGGAAAGGAAACCCUAAAAUUAGGUCUCUCUCCUUCUCUCCACUCCUUCACCUUCAGUCCGGCGCAACGCAACCCAUUCGAUCUGCACUUUCUUCUCUCGACGCCUUGUUUCAUUUCGCAGACGUAGCAAGUGUAGAGAGAUUCAAUACCUAAGAAAAUGGCGAAGUUCGACCCAUGGCCGAUAUUUUUCAGGCGAGAAUGGAAGAGGAACUGGCCUUUUCUUGUAGGGUUUGCCGUAACCGGAACAAUCAUCACCAAGUUCUCUCUUGGCCUCACUGAGGAAGAUGCCAAGAAUUCACCCUUUGUUCAGAGGCACAAGAGGUGAUUCUGCAUGCCAGUACCAGUGCCAUCCUUGUCCACUGUGGAUGGAGCUUUUUCUGCAUUUGUUCUGAUGAACUACAAUAACAUAAAGAGGGUUUUUCUUGGAACUCUUGUCUUUUUUUAUAAUGCAUUGUUUUGACUGAAUAACAAAUAUGAAGAAAGACUUUUUUUUUUUGGGGUUAUGGCUGUCUAAUAAUAUUCACUAUUGUUGUGUUGAA